GGAAGUAGACGAGCCGGGGACAAUCACAAACAGACUCAGUCAUGGCGGCGUCCAUAGACAGUUUACUGGAGGAGAUCUCCGCGGUUGAAGACCCUAUAGAGGAGCUGCAGGGUCUGAGAACAGCGCUGCUGUCUCUGCCUGUGAGCGCCCUGAGAGACGCAGUGAGCGGGACGCGCCUCGAUGUCAUUUUCUCUCUGUUGAACUCGAACCACAGGGAGCAGGUCGAACUGUGUGUUGACAUCCUUGAACGCAUCCUGAUAGCGCUCAGCCCUGAGCACCUGGCACAGAACUACAGAGCGGAGCUGCAAGCAGGUCUGAACCAUCCUAAUGAAAAAGUCAAGAUACUCGCCUUGACACAGAUUGGCAGAAUGAUGGCGCACCCCGACGCUGUCACUAAGAUCCUCAACAACCACGACAUCCUUCAAGCGCUCAUCCACUGCAUUAGAGAUGAGAAAAUGGCUGUGGCAAAACAGGCCAUUCAGUCCCUGACUAAACUGAGUCACUCCAAGUCUGGAUUAGACAAAUUGUUCCACAGCGAGCUGCUGAAUGUCAUGAAGGAAGUGAUGGCCACAAGUGACAUUGUCAGAUACAGAUUGUACGAGCUGGUGGUGGAAAUCGCAUCUGUUUCUCCCAUUUCUCUUGGUUACUGCGCCAGCAGCAGCCUCAUGUCUCAGCUCCUCAGUGAACUAACUGGAGACGACAUUUUGAUCAGGGCCACAGCAAUAGAGAUGGUGACCACUCUAGCCCACAGUCAGCAUGGUCGGCAGUAUCUGGCCCAGCAGGGCAUCAUGGACAAGUUCUCCAACAUGAUCAGAGGAGCAGACACAGACCCCUUGUCCUCCCUCUACCUGCCUGGUUUGGUGAAGUUCUUUGGGAACCUGGCCAUCGCCGACAGUCCGCAGCAGGUAUGUGAAACCUACCCGGCCUUUCAGAACAAGGUGUUUGAGAUGGCUCUGGACCCGGACGCUGCGGUGAUCGGGGUGGCUCUGGACACUUUGGGUUUACUCGGAGCUACUGUGGAGGGAAAGCAGGUCCUGCAGAAAACAGGAGAAAAGUUCAAGGCCGUGCUGUUAAGAAUGAGCAAGCUCGCGGGCUCCGGAGCUAUGGAGCUGAGAGUGCGCAGCUUGGAGGCCAUAGCCCAACUUCUCAGUCUAGAGCCAGAGCAGCAGACAGAAGAUCUUUUGGCCCUGACAGAGUCCUGGUUCCACCUUUUGUCUAAGCAGCCCAUAGACAUGAUCCGCACCAUCAGCACUCAGCCGUUCCCAGAGCUGCACUGUGGGGCAAUGGGGAUUUUCACUGCCAUUGCCAUUCAGCCCUGGGGUCAGAGGCUAAUGGUCAGCACUCCCGGAUUCAUGGAGUUCAUUUUGGAUCGUUCAAUGGGUCGCACUAAGGAGGCCAAGGACUCUAAGUUUGAACUGGUGGGGUCCCUCUUGUCUUCGUCAACAGCAGCAGAGAUACUGGGCAGCCAGCAUUACAUCCGUCUGAGAACGUACCUCAGAGAAGGAGCUUACUAUGUUUCAGCGGUGGCCACAGUCAGCACAGAAGGAGCGGAAUGAUUCACACACACUGGGAUACGUUUCAUGGGUUUCUGUUUAAUGCUUACAGGUGACAGAUAAGUGCCUGAAUGAUCGAAACGUGGGAUAACAUGUGAAGACAAAUGUGUCUUCUCUGCUUGGUUUUUCACUUGCUCCUCUUAUACACAAUAAUUUAAUUAUCAGGCGUUUCCAACAUGAUAACAUCCAAUCAUCAUUUUCAGCUCUUCUCCUUUAUUUUACUUCAUGAGUAAAUUUAGUAUUGUUUUGGAAAGAAAUAGUAUCCUCAAAGUUAAUGCAGAGAACCGGUGUAAGACGAAUACAAGUUUAGUUUUCAAACUUAGUUGUUCAGUGCUCUCAAACAAAAGGCAUGAAUUUGUGGAUAUGUCAAAGUUAGUAACUUCAAAUAUGAAAUAUACUUGAAAAUUUGACAUACUAGAAACUAAAGGGACAGUAAAGUUCACUGAGUUGUAAUUUAUACUUGUACAUUAAAGGGGCAUGCCACCAUUUUAUACAUCAAAUUUACUUUAAUUGUCUUUUGGAGUAUUACACAGUCUGUUGUGUAAUGUCAUCAGUUUAUUCUCGGAGGCAUGUAGUUUGGAGGAUUUGGACAUUGGGUAGGUUAAUGAAAGAAACAAGUUACUAGUGCAUUUUGAGAAAUGUAGGAUUUAGGGUUUAUGGAACUUGACCCGUGUUGGAGACAAGUCAGGAUGUGCUGGAAUCUGAUUAAUUAAUUUUGACUAUUUUCAAAAAAAUAAAAUAUUGCAGCAUUGUCACCUUAAACACUUUACCAAAGACCAAAGGUCCACAAAGGUCCACAUUAAACUCAGAAAAAGUAUGUGAACAGUCUCUUUACCAGCUACAGGAGCCUGACAAGAUGUUAUGCUUUACUGUUCACUGUCCAGAUUCUUAUACAAACAAAUCCCCGUCAUUGUACACAGUAUCUAUCAAACACUACUGGACUCAACUGCAAACCACACUGAUCAGACCCCUGCUCUGCAAAUUCUUCAGACACUCACUUAUUUUUGGGUCCAAAUUAUUUUUGUUUACCAAAUAUACUUUUUUUUUUUUAUUAAAGAAGAUUCUGUCUGACAAAGAA